GUGGCGAUGCGGGAUGAGGGGCCGCGCACGCAGGCGCGCUUGCGCCGCUCUUCGCCCGCAGCGAUCGCUACGCACGGCGCCGACUGCCGUCCCCCUCUAGGUGCCCCGUCCCGCUACUGUGGGGGUCGAACGUCCAUCCUGAGACCCUUCCCAGGAGCUCUGGAACACAGUGCUGAAUUGAUUGAAUGAUGCUCAGAGAUACUAUGAAGUCCUGGAGCGACAGCCAGUCUGAUCUGUACAGCAGCGACCAAGAAGAAGAAGAACAGAUGAUUUUUGGAGAAAAUGAAGAUGAUUUCGAAGAGAUGAUGGAUUUAAGCGACUUGCCUACCUCACUGUUUGCUUGCAGUGUGCAUGAAGCAGUGUUUGAGGUACAGGAGGAAAAGGAAAGAUUUGAAGCACUUUUCACUGUCUACGAUAAUCAAGUUACAUUCCAGUUGUUUAAAAGCUUUAGAAGAGUAAGGAUAAACUUCAGUAAUCCAGAGGCAGCAGCAAGAGCACGGAUAGAACUGCAUGAAACUGACUUCAGUGGAAAAAAACUGAAGCUGUAUUUUGCACAGGUACAGGUGUCUAGUGAAGUAGGAGACAAGUCCUACCUUCUUCCUCCACAACCUGUUAAACAGUUCCUGAUAUCACCACCUGCAUCUCCCCCAGUUGGAUGGAAACAGAGUGAAGAUGCAACUCCACUGAUAAACUAUGACCUCCUUUGUGCUGUCUCCAAGUUGGGACCAGGGGAGAAGUAUGAGCUUCAUGCAGGGACAGAAUCAACUCCUAGUGUUGUCGUCCAUGUCUGUGAAAGUGAGACAGAAGAGGAAGAAGAAAUAAAAAAUCCUAAACAGAAGAUCAUGCAGACAAGGCGUCCGGAGCCACCUGCAACAAUACUGAAUGAAUCUAAAGCAUUUGAUUGUACAUUGGAGGUAGGGGGUACUAUACACUGUUAAACUGUGUGUUGCUCAUGAUGCUAUCAAAAACCAGACACUUAAUGAGUACGCACGUUGAUGCCUGUUGUCCUGCUAUACAUUAUAUAUAGCAACAACAGAUUUUACUUGUAGUUGUCUCUCAUGUUCGAGAUUUUGGAUGCCAAUGCUCUACAAAGCACUUUAAUUCUGAGGACUAGUCUCUCAAGUGUAGCAAAUCCACCUGACCUGCAAUAGUGAAAAAUAGGAAGUUUAGUUUUAUUGAAAUAUUACUCUUUAUACUGUAAAGUGUGGUGUACCAAGUGCUAAAAUAAUAUUUUUCUGUCACUACUGGAUUUGAAGAAGUUAUUUGUAUAGUAGUUAUAAACUGAUCCCUGCUGGUACAGAAGCUUCCAGUUAUUUAAGUGGAAGUGAAACAUAGAUCUUCAUGCUAAAAUUCCUUCCCAGUUAGUAGUCUUCUGAGCUGAAGGUUAGUACUUGGCUUUUCUGAGAUAUGUUUUUAAUUUGACAUGAGGCACAAAUAUAUAUAUGGAACUAAAUUCAAGUAGUUCUGCUGACUACACAAAAGAGUACAGGUGGAAGAACCACAGACCACUACAGGGCAGACCCUGAACGUGUCUGCAGUGCUGCUGCUGCUGUUUGAUGGUAUACUGAUGGCUGCAGCAGUUUGCACUGACAUCUGCUUAAGAGUGUAUUAUAAUAUGCAGAGCGAAAUAGGGAUUUGGCUACUGAAUGUGUUCUCUUAUCCUCUUUGGAAAUACGAUGUUUGUCCCUCUCCAGUCCUAGAGAUGGCCUCCAUUUAUAAAUAAAUCAAAGUGACUGUAUGACUGAAUGGUAUGAGGAGGUAAAACACCUAGGGUAGACUUCUGACCUGCGGUCCUAAAUCCUGGUCUGUUGUUUUUAUUUUCUUGAAGAUGGUCAAUUGCCUGGCUUAGCCAGCUGUUAUGCAGUUUGAGCCCUUCUUUGCUGUUUUUCAUUGAGACUUUUUCCUGUGCAGCAUCCUCUCUGUCUGAUAGAGCAUCUGCUGCUUUAGAGACAAGGAUGCAUUUUUUAAAAUACAGAUCUUUAAUUCUGUAAACUCAUGGUAAGCAUUUCAAUAGGAGGAAAAUAUGCCUCAUUGUGUGAUGCGUGCUACUGCACUUUUAUGCUACUUUAUAACCAACCUUUUUUAGUCUACACAGAUUCUUCAUUUUUCUAUUACAAAGAAAACCAAAACAAACAAAAAAACUGAAAAAGCCAGGCUGCUUAUAUGCAUAUAUAGAAAUCAUUCAGAAAUUUGACUUUUUCAAAUCAUUUUAGUGUAUUUUAAUUCUAUGUGAAAUGCUCAUUGAACUUUCCAAAGUGUUUUCACUUGGUUGACAUCAGAAGUAGUAGUGGUUGUGAAUCUGCACGGGCACAGUAGUUUUCAGGAAUAUAUUGUGCUAGUUACGAUCCCUUCCUGCCACUGGCUUGCAGUUGCAAAGUGGGAUCCUGCAGGCAGGUCCUUGUUCCAGAGCCAGGAGUGUCUAUGAGAACGGCAGGAAAAAGGAUUUUGUUCAUCUCACCUGCAAAGGUACUGAUAUUUAUGUAUUUCUUCAGAUAUUCAAAUCACUUUGUCUGACUUCUGUCUCGCUGUUCUGCAGUACAAAGAAAUGAGAGUUGUAUUGUCCAUGGGACUUGUGUGUUUUAAAAUGCCAGAAGUCCAUCUUGGAUUCUCUGGUGUUUAUAUUUUGCCAGUUGUUUGAUUUCUAACCCACUGUAACAGUUUGUGUAAGUAGGGAUUCAGUGAAAACUUUCCAAAACCAUUAUUAUAAAGGCAAAUGGAACGAGUGAUGUUGUCAAUGUACACUGUGUAAAGUGUACAGCACCUUGCAUUCCAACAUCAUUCCUUGUGUAAAGAGGCUUACAAUAAAAACAAUAUUGUCGAAA